GUCGGCUACUGGAGCGCCAACUCUGUCGUGCGGCGUAGAAACAUCUACAAAUAUAACUCGACCCGUUUCAACUUGUUUCCGAAUUGUUUUCGGUCGGUUUUUGGAGUGCGUAUCCGUGUCGGAGAGCGCGCAAGAGGGGAAACGCAGAAGGAAGGAAGAGGUCUCCAAGAAUCCGCGAGCGGCGCGAGAAGGAGGAGGACAGGAGAGGAGGAGGAGGAGGAGGAGGAGGCGCGCGGACCUGUCCACGAGCCCUCACUGCGGAACGCGCGGGGCUGCCGCUGGAGAUUCCAAACCAACGCUUAUUUUGGAUUCUAAAGUCUAAACUGAUCCCCGCACGUCAACUGCUGUCCCCCCGCUCCCUCUCACCAGUCCGACUCCGCCGUUGAAGUGGGACCGUGUUUGACAUCUUAACCGAGAGGAAUACUACCUAUUCACCAGGAGAGAGGUGGCGGUGGCGGAGGGGAGGUCUUCAGAGGCAGACAGGUGGAUUUAUCCGUGUGGUGGUGUGUUUUUUUUGGGGGGGGUGGGGGGAUUGGAUGGAGGAAAAUUUGAUGGAUUAAUCUGACGGAGGAGACUCGUAUGUGAUUCCCACUCCUGCUGAGGGCACCCGAAUGGAGUAACAGGCUGCAAUGUCAUCUCCACCUGACCGCCUGGAGAGAUGUGUUACGGGAAUGGGAUCAAGUUUGAACACUUUUACUCUGGUUUCACUGACGCUGUGAGAAGGAACCAAAAUGUCAGUAAACGGACAGGUCACGGUGGAUGCCUGCACGGGCCCUCGAUCCACGGCAGUAAAACUCAACAUUCAGUGCACGGACUCCGAAGAAGAAGGCGUAAAACCUCCGCGACCGCAAACCUGCAGCAGCCACGCGUUGUGACACCGAAGGGUAUGAUGGGUGGAGUGGGCUGGAUGUUGCUCCUACUCUCCCAGUUCAUGGUGCCUGUGGCGUCCCAGAAGCCUCCAGGGCUCAGUGUGGGUGUGAUCAUGGGCCAGACACGCCCUGUUAGCGAUCAGGAGCUCCGCCCUCCUCGGCGUCCUGACGAUGCCCUUGACGUCUCCGUGGUAAUAUUGAGGAUCAACCAGACAGACCCAAAGUCUGUUAUUACACAGGUGUGUGAGCUUCUGUCACGCACUCGUCUCCAUGGCAUUGUUUUUGCUGAUGGCACCGAUCAAGAGGCCAUCGCCCAGAUCCUUGACUUCCUCUCCGUUCAGACACAACUUCCAGUCCUUGGAGUCCACGGAGGAUCUUCUAUGAUUAUGGCUGACAAGGAUGAGAAGUCCACGUUCUUCCAGUUCGGUGCAGCUCUGCAGCAGGAGGCCCUGCUCAUGCUGGCCAUCAUGGAGGAGUAUGACUGGCACGUUUUUUCUAUUGUCACUUCCAAGUUUCCGGGGUACCAGGACUUUAUCAGCACGUUGAAAAUAACUGUGGAUCACAGCUUUGUGCGCUGGGACCUGCAGAGUGUGGUGACUCUAGACGCUGUAGAUGGUGACCCAAACUCUAAAUCACACAUUGCCCUCAAGAGGAUCCAGAGUCCUGUUAUACUACUGUACUGCUCCAAGGAUGAGGCUUUGUAUAUACUAGAGGAAGCUCGGUCCCUGGGUCUGAUCGGAGCCGGUUACAUCUGGAUCGUGUCCAGCCUCACCACUGGCAACCCAGACUUUACCCCCGAGGUGUUUCCCCUGGGUAUGAUCUCCGUGUCCUAUGACGACUGGGAGUACCCGCUGGAGACACGGGUGCGGGACGGGGUGGGCAUCAUUUCGUCUGCUGCGACGUCCAUGCUGAGGGAGAAGGGGGAACUACCAGAGGCCCAGAGCAGCUGCUACAGCACGGCAUCAGACAGGAGCCCAGGGAAGCUCCCACCUAGUGCCCUACGCAGGCACAUGAUGCAUGUGUGGAAUGAGGGCAGAGAUUUAUCCUUUACACCAGAUGGUUACCAGGCCAACCCAAAAUUGGUUGUCAUCGUCCUGAAUAAUGAAAGGAAGUGGGAGAAGAUGGGCCGCUGGGAAAACGGGACUUUGUCAUUGAUGUUCCCUGUGUGGCCGAGGUAUAACUCCUACGGGGAUGAAGACGCUGAUGAAAAUCAUCUCUCGAUCGUCACCCUGGAGGAGAAACCCUUUGUCAUUGUCGAUAAUGUGGACAUCCUCACCGGCACCUGCAUGAGGAACUCUGUGCCAUGUCGCAAGCAUGUCAAAGAUAACAGCACAUCAGGAGGGGCCUACAUUAAGCAGUGCUGCAAAGGAUUCUGCAUUGACAUUUUGAAGAAGAUAGCCAGAAAUGUCAAGUUCACGUACGACCUUUACCUGGUUACUAAUGGAAAACAUGGCAAGAAGAUCAACAACGUGUGGAAUGGCAUGGUUGGAGAGGUGGUGUAUAAGAAGGCAGUAAUGGCUGUAGGGUCGUUAACCAUUAAUGAAGAAAGGUCAGAGGUCAUUGACUUCUCUGUGCCCUUUGUGGAGACUGGUAUCAGCGUCAUGGUGUCGCGAAGCAAUGGGACGGUCUCUCCUUCUGCUUUCCUUGAGCCCUUCAGUGCAUCAGUUUGGGUGAUGAUGUUUGUGAUGCUGCUCAUUGUCACUGCCAUCGCCGUCUUCCUCUUUGAGUUUGUCAGUCCACUGGGCUUCAACCGCAACUUGGCCCAAGGCAAAGACCCCCACGGUCCAUCAUUCACCAUCGGUAAGGCCAUAUGGCUGCUGUGGGGUCUCGUAUUUAACAACUCUGUGCCGGUGCAGAACCCGAAGGGCACCACCAGCAAGUUCAUCGUCUCAGUGUGGGCCUUCUUCGCUGUCAUCUUUCUGGCCUCCUACACUGCCAACCUGGCUGCCUUCAUGAUCCAGGAAGAGUUUGUGGACCAAGUCACCGGACUGUCUGACAAGAAGUUCCAGAGCCCAUACUCCUAUUCCCCUCCAUUUCGCUUUGGGACGGUUCCGAACGGCAGCACGGAGCGAAACAUCAGGAAGAACUAUCCAGACAUGCAUCAGUACAUGACCAAAUACCAUCAGAACGGAGUCCAGGACGCGCUGAUCAGCCUCAAGACUGGGAAACUGGAUGCUUUCAUCUAUGACGCUGCUGUGCUGAACUACAUGGCAGGCCGAGAUGACGGCUGUAAGCUGGUUACUAUCGGCAGCGGGUACAUCUUUGCCACCACUGGGUACGGUAUUGCCCUGCAGAAGGGAUCCUACUGGAAACGCCUCGUUGAUCUGGCUAUACUGGGCAUCAUAGGAGAUGGUGAGAUGGAGGAGCUUGAGGCCCAAUGGCUGACUGGAAUCUGCCACAAUGAGAAGAACGAGGUGAUGUCCAGCCAGCUGGAUGUGGACAACAUGGCAGGAGUUUUCUAUAUGUUGGCCACGGCAAUGGGCCUCUCCAUCCUCACCUUUAUCUCUGAACACCUUUUCUACUGGAGGCUCAGAUACUGCUUCACCGGGGUCUGUUCGGGCAGGCCAGGUCUACUCUUUACUAUCAGCAGGGGUAUAUGGAGCUGUAUCCACGGUGUUCAUAUUGAUAUGAAGAAGAAGGCUCCUGAGCUGGACUUCAGCCCUCAAGCAAACAUGCUGCACUUGCUCAAGUCUGCCAAGUCCAUUGCUUUGUCUUCUCCCAAGCGCAACACAGUCCUCUUGCAGCCGACCAUCCUAGAUAUGGUGUCAGGGAAAGGUAACUCACUCCAUAGCCUGCCUCCGAAGGGUCCUGGUCUCUAUAGCAACGCCGCUGGUCCGCAGGGUUUCCUGUCAUUGUCCGGGCGACACAAAAACCUCCUUAACAAUGCUGCACCAUUUCCUGGGCAACAAAAAGGCCCUGCUCACCAGACCAGCCCCAACAAGCCCCAACUGUCCAUCACCAAUGACAACGGCAAGACCCGCCUCGCCGGGCCUGCCUGCCAAGCAUCAAAACCGAGAGCUCUGUGGAAGAAAAGUGUUGAGACACUCAAGACCCAGCCCACAGUCGUAUCUCCUGGGCCUGGCCCCAGCCCCACCUCGGCAUCUGGCUCCGGACCUCCGCCAAUGAAGAGCCAGCGCUACCUCCCUGAAGAGCCACCGCACUCUGACAUCUCUGAGUGCUCUAGCCGGCCGCCAUCACAUAAAGAUUCUGACUCCAUGGCAGCAAGGGGUGGAUUCAAGCCUAUCAAUCAACUGAGGAAAAGAGGUGGAGGAGGGGGAGGUGGAGGAUCCAAGAUCUACUCCAUUGACUCAGACCAAGCCAGUCUCCAGUCCGCUCCCCCGUACCAGCGAGAGAGUCAGGGGGGAGGUGACGACCACAGUUACCCCCCUGACCUGUUUCCACCUGAAAGCACAUACUCUCACACGCACCCCCACCAGGCAGACGCACCCAUUCUGCAGCUGAGUGCCAGUCUGCUGCACCACAGCCACAGCGCCGAGGCUGACCUGCACUCACUGAAGGACAAAAAAUACAGCACCUACACACACAGCAGUGUGAAGGACAAAGCUGGAGGUUCGUUCGAUGCUUCAGCUGCAGGACUGACAGCACAGGGGAUCCGACCUGGUCACUGUCGCUCCUGCCUGGCCAAGCUAAGUGGUUACUCUGGCCUUUACACUGUCCGAUCACCACAGGCACGCUGUGACGCCUGCGCUCACCUGGGAAACCUGUACGACAUCAGCGAAGACCAUUUGCAUUCACACUACUCACACACACACACCCAUCCACACAGUGCGGACAUGUUUACACACUACCUUCCACAGAGCGAGCUGGGCAUGGUGGGCGAAGGCGACGGCCUGGUCAGCCACUUUGAGCCCACCCCUUCCUCCCCGUCCCCUCUUCCAACUUCCUCCUCAGCCCAGCAUCUCCAGCUGAGUCGUCAACACUCCUACGAGAACGUGCUUCCGGAUGGUGUUCCUGAGCGGCAGUCGCAGUCACACACUCACCUGCGGGGGCUGAGUCUGCCUGACAGAGAUAGGGAUCGGGAGCUGACCCUGGAUGAGGGAGCCUACGCUAAUGUUCUCACUAUGCGCUCUGAUCGUCCAUUCAGCAACCGCAGCCCUCCCUCCCCGUCCCCCUCCCACCACCUCAGUCUGGAUGCUCCGAUGCCUCUCCCCCGACGCUCAAAGAGCCUCUUCCCCGACCGGCCGUCUCACAACCCGUUCCUCCAGUCAGCCCCCGGCACGACACAACGAGACCCCGCCUCCCAGGCUGCCACACGCAUGCCGCAAAGAAGCUCUGGCCAGGAGCUUUAUAAGCAGCGGAUGCCCGUGUCACUCACCCUCGGUAACCACGGCAGCCAUCACAUGAACCAGCACGGCGGCCAUGUUGACCAACAGGUGUUCUACCCUCAACAGGAGCCCCCUGUGGUGGCGUACAUGGUUCCACCUGCUGCCUCUCAGCCAAUGAGCUAUGUGACAGCGCCGCGGGCGUCAAGCGCCGGUGGCAACCGGCCUCGGCUGUAUCGCCGCAUGCCUAGCAUCGAGUCUGACGUCUGAGAGUCACACACACACUCGCUCUCUGACACACGCACACGCAUGCAAGAAAGGAGUGUGUGUGACCGGACCAGGCAGCUCUGAUUUUAUUAAGCACAUCCACACAAACACGCACAGACACACAAACACAGGUGAGCGACGGGAAGGUCUGCUCCAGACUAAAAGGUUAAUGGUGAUGCAGAGUAAAUAAAUCAUUGUUUCUUUAUCACACCCUGUAAGGGGCAGGGUUGGAUCCACAGGGACACCUGGAGGCACAAUAAGAUAAGAGUGUGUGUUAGUGUCGCUGUGUGUACUCGCCUCGAGCUGUGGCCAAAGAGGCACAAACUGACAAUGCAUCUGACAAAACAGAUCAAAUUCCUCAUGGAAUAACAGGGACACUGUACAUGGAGUCACACUGGCACAUGAAGAUACAGUGAUGGCACAGCGUUUGGAAGACGAGCCGACCUGUCCCGCCCUCUCACCAGCCUCUUGGAGACGAAGGGGACACCCUUUGUUACUGAGAUAACACACAGACACACACAUUUCACCGAAACAUAACCACCCCCUCUCCAGGAUUCUCCUGUUGCACUACAGUCAACCCGUAUGUUGUCUGAGCCUCCAAACUGCACUGCCAGCAUGGCUUCAAGAGUAGUAUGAAACACUAGAGUAAUCCUUGACUUGAAUGGAAAUUACUAUUUAUGAAACAGAAUAGACUGGGCAGCGGGCAGCUGGUCCGGACACAGGUCUGAGAAACCAAUCAGCACCUGUCUGCACAUGAACAAACACUUGAACACACACACAUGCACUGCGUCUGUUUUUAGGGAUGUAUUAAAAAAAAAAAAAGAAUCUAGACUGUUUGUUAUUGUGUUAUUGAUGUCAGCCAAUUGAACAUUCCAAAAAGUGGACCAAACAUGGCCGCCAGUUAAAGCCUCUCAGGAUGAGAGUGUGUGUUCAAGUGUUUCCGGCGCUGUGUCUCAAUUCACUUACUUCCGUACUUACACUUGCUAUUUUUUUGUGUAUUAGUGUGUUCACUUGGCAAAAUGCAGUGCUUUGUAAGUACCCAGAUGGUGUAUUUAUAACAGCCAAAAAGUUGAGUGUGGAGCAUUGGAUACUUGUCACCCUCAGCGGCCGCCAUCUUGGCUACUCAGCAGAAAAGGAAGGACCUGUCACUUCCUGAUCUGCACCGGAAACUUGAUUUGUUCUAUGCAUGUGUGACAUGCUGCAACCUCGUGUCACGAAGAUUUACAAGCAAUUUAUAACUUGGAUUUAAGUAAAAUAAUGUUACUCACUCAUAACAUCCAGCAGAUAAAUAUAGUUUUUCAGUUUUUAGAGAAUGGACAAUAUACAAACUAAGUGAACUAAGAGCCUUUUGCCAGUUGUUAGUUGUUAUAAAGAUCAUCCUACUUUAUUUAGAUAAUCUUUAAUUUUAUCAGAAAGUCCCAACAGAAAAAUUGUACUGGUUAAUAAGACAUUAUCUGAGUCUUGUAAUUCAAAAUUAGUAAACCCAGUAACAAUGUUAUUUUAUUAUAAUCACAGAAACUGGCUCAUUUGACUGGUAAGACGGCUAGUUUACUAGCCAGUGUUAGCUGAGUGAAAUCACAGGGGAAAAAACACCAGAAUUUGCACACCUUCCCUCUGCAGCUCUCUCAACUUAGUCCAAAUCAAAAGUCUAAAUAUAAAUACAGAUGAUCUGAUGCUGUUUCAUGCUGUUAUGGAGCGGUGAAGUGAAGCAUCCACAUGGAGACAUGUAGCAACAGUAGAGUCACAUCCAGUUUGAGUCUGACAGAAUCUGAGCAUUGAUUAGUAAUUACAGUUGUCGUUCAUGUAUUCAGUCACACGGACUACCAGAAAAUGACUGUGAUUAGACAAAAAACAGUGACACAAAGUAGAGUUUCUAAAACCUAAAAAUACAAGGAAGGAAUAGAUGCAGACCACUUGAAUUACAAUAGGCUGAAAGGACUGAUUCUACAGUGACAGUAAAAACAGCUGUAGCUUUAAGUGAAAAAUUGUCAGAUGCAUAAAAAAAUAAACAAUAAUAGCAAAAGUGAGAGUAAAUACUGUAGCCAUGUUCUUGCCCAUGUAGAACAAAUCAGGUAUCUGCUAAGGAUCAUACAGUGACAGCAGGACCAACAAAUUUGUGAAAAUAACAGUAUAGUUAUCAUUAGCAUUGCUAGCUGAGCCUGGAGACAUUUUGGCAGAUGUCAAUUAUAGUCAAAUGCAAGCGAUAAUGCUCCACUUGGUUACAAAUUGCCACUAAAAAGAAGAAGAUUGCUGCAGUUGUCAUUUUCUUAUAAGGGCACAGCUGCUGUGUUCGAUAUGAGGCUGCAUUAUCCUGUCAAAAUACACACAAUGCACAAGUAAACAUGUGUACACAGUGUACUACAUGGAAGUGUACUAACAGAAGUAUACGAGAUGAGACACAGCAUACACCUAAACAUCCAGUAUAGCAUCCUUGCUUCCUCUCUUAGCUAGCCUUCAGGUCAUAUUGCAUGCUUCCUACUGCCCUGUGUUACAGUUAAACUCCUUUACAGGGUCAUAUAUGCACACACAUGCUCCACACAUAUGCACACGCACACACACAUGCACAUACGCAUUAGUGUAGGAUAGUAGUUUAGGGUGUGUGUGUGUGUGUGUGUUGAGGCUACGAGUUAGCUUCUCUUUGUGCACUUUGUAGAUUUUAUACCCUGCCACCUAACACAGACGUUUGACCAAAAACACUUUUAUACUGAAAAAUAUGAAUAUUCUGAAUCAUUCGCUGGGUAGAUGUGUUUCUUUUCUCUUAUUUCUCUUUGACAUUAGGUUAUAGGGCACAGCUGUCAGUUUCCAUUGUGAGGUCAGAAGUUUUACAGUGUUAGAUAAUGGGUACAGCAUCAUAUACACAACACCAACUCUUAAUCUUUCUUCUUUUUGAGAUUUAACUGUGCUUAAUCUUCCUUCUAGCCUUCCCUCCUUCCUUCCUUCACCAGCUUGUUUUUUGUUUAUUCUCCUAAUUAUUGCUUUUGCUCCUUGUCCCUUUCCUUCUUCUAAUAUAGAAUAGAUUGAAUAUCAGAUGAUUAAAGUUCAGUCGUGGUGUUUGAAAACUCUCCAGAAGUACAUAUUGUGGGAAGUCACUUAAUAUUAGUAGUGGUAAGAAUUCAUCAAAUUCAGCACCGGCUCUCAUAGGAUGCAGCGUUUUGUUUUGUUUUUUUAUUAUUAUUAUUUAUUUUUUUAUGAUUAGUUUUCUACAAAAGAAUUCAAGGCCUGUUUUACUGUUUCUAAUGGUCGAGCGGUGAUUUAAAAGGGAGGGUGAGUGCAUCACUGUUGCAGAUUUACUCAUCAAAUGAAUCCUCCUGGACGGGUGUCAGGAGAGCUGGUGCUUCUGUUGGCGAGAACACGGCGCUCAGUACACGAGUCACAUGGUGAAGAGAGCGGAUAGUUUGCAAAGUGACUUGUUACAGAGGCAUACACAUACACUCAGUCAACGAGCUGGCAAUGUGUGUAUGAGUGUUGUAGAAAUCCAUAAUCUACUGAGUAAGGGCAUUGAUUUUUGAGCACAAGGAUUUUGAUGGAAAAAGGACUUGAUGUCCCAUUAGCUGAGUGUCUGUCUCUAUCCGCUUUCUUUCUACGCUCUCUUUUCUCUCUCUUUUCUCUCUUUCUCACAUACACACAGAUAAUCAGUAUAUAGAUAUAUUGGCUGCAAAGAUGCAAGACAAAAAAAGCACCUUUGAAAGGUAAAUGCUGCCCCUCUUUGGUAACAGGUUUGGUGUAUGAGUUAUAUGCACAAUAUCAGGUUGCAAUAUUAUACUUAUGUACAGAGAAAAUCUUUGUUUUAAAUGUUAGAAAAUGAUUUUCUUUGUUUGAUUUGAAUGGUAUUAAGUGUAAUUCAUUUCAAUAACGACGUGGCUUUUAUUCUGCUUCUUAAAAAAAAAAAAAAGACUGGCAUGUUUUAGAUUCUUGUGUGAAACUGAUUUUUUUUUUUUUUUUUUUUUCUAUGGUGUGUUGUUGGUUGGGACCUCACUGUACAGUCCUCACUGCUGGCUUCACAGAAACUAGUUAACUAACCAAACUCACCUGCUCCUCAGCUAACUGGUUAACUAGCUUCAUGUAGUGCUGGGUCUCUCAUCUCAGUCACACUCAAUGAAUAAUGAUAGAUCAACCUGUGUGGUUGCAAAGCCCCCUCCCACCCACAUUGUUCUCUUUCACUACAAGUCUGUGCUGUUUCACCUCAGAGUGUGAGUGAGUGUGAGAGUUUUACACCGUGCAGGCAUUUAUAUAAGACAGAGGAUGAUAUUUAGAGCUUGUUUGUGGUGUGUAUGUGUGUGUUUGUGUGUGCACUUUCUUCCCUCUGUCCCACACGCCACAUUUGACCCUGCUCUUACUCAUACCAUAAAUACAGCUACACACAAACGCACACAUGUUUUGCGUCUGUACUGUUGUGGUAACGAGAGCAACUAGAAUGGGUUUUGUAUGUCACCGCCAUCACAGAGAUUUUUACAACAGUUUUUUUUGUCCUUUAUUUUCUUUCUUUCUUUUUUUUUUUUUAAAUUGCAUGACGUGCUCGUGUUUCUGGUGGUUACCUAUUUUGCUGCAAAACCUGAGUUCUCUCCCUGAGUUGACCCUUGGAGCUUCACAUCCCCACAUACCCCUUCCCCUAACGCUGGAACCUGGACAGACACACCUCGCCCAUCUGGAGCCCCAGACCUGUUUUCACCCUGUCCUGGGCUCCUGGUCUGUGAUGUCACCGUGGCCUGGGGUCUGAAGUCCAAGUGGAAGGUGUGUGUGUUGGUGUGUGGUCCUUUGGGUCUCCUUGCUGUGUUUCUCACUUGUGUAUGAGUUCAGGGGUUUCUAAGCUAAUAGUUGUGUUGUAAAUACUACCUUGUCACUCAGUACCUCUGUACAAUCUGUAAAUAAGUAAAGGUUACAUUUUUGUA